UGGUUAUUUUUAGAAAUUGUCCGAAAGAAAAAAAAUGUAAAAGAAUCUUCUUUCGCUGAUUAUUUGUCCUUAGUACUCCAACUGUUGCAGUGAUGAAGCUGUAUUGUGUAGGUCACUCCGUCAGUUCGCCAUGUCUAGUUUUGCAGUUCAAACAGACAAAUAUCAUGCUGGAUUGCGGGCUGGAAAUGUCUACCGUCAACCAGUUUACUCCUCUUUCACUCGUGAAUAAUGAAAAGUUCAGCCAACUUAAGUCAUGGUCUUCGAGAGAACUUCAAGAGAUUGAAGGAUUUACAGCCCAAAAUAACUUGAAGGAGGCUGGUGGGAGACUGUUUAUUGAUGCUGAACCCGAAGUCUGCCCACCUGAGACAGGUCUGAUUGACUUUUCAAUGGUUGAUGUCAUUCUGAUUUCUAACUAUCAUCACAUGCUAGCCUUGCCAUUUAUUACCGAGUAUUCUGGCUUCAAUGGGAAAAUCUAUGCUACCGAACCAACUAUACAGAUUGGCAGAGAUCUGAUGCUAGAGCUGGUAACCUAUGCAGAGCGUGUGCCCAAGAGAAGAAAUGGGAACAUGUGGAAAAAUAAUAAUGUUAUAAGAUGUCUUCCAGCUCCAUUGAAUGAGUUAGCAAAUGUUAAGUCGUGGAGAGUGCUCUACAGCAAGCAUGAUGUCAAAGCAUGUAUUUCAAAGAUUCAAGCUGUAUCAUAUUCAGAAAAACUGGAUCUGUGCGGUAUACUGCAGCUAUCAGCCCAUAGCUCCGGGUUUUGUCUUGGAAGCAGUAACUGGAUGUUAGAGUCAGAAUAUGAAAAGAUCAGCUACUUGUCACCGUCUUCAUCCUUCACCACCCAUCCACUCCCCCUCAACCAGACAGUACUGAAAAACAGUGAUGUGCUCAUCAUUACGGGGGUGACAGAAGCACCAAUAGACAACCCUGAUGCGAUGUUAGGAGAGUUCUGCACUCAUCUCGCUAGCACCCUUCGAGCAGGUGGAAAUGUUCUUGUUCCAUGUUACCCAUCAGGUGUUCUAUAUGAUCUUUUUGAGUGCCUAUACACAUACUUGGAUAAUGCCAAGCUGGGAAUGGUCCCAAUAUACUUCAUCUCCCCAGUGGCUGACAGCUCUUUGGCCUACUCAAACAUCUAUGGUGAAUGGUUGUGUCAAAGCAAGCAAACAAAAGUAUAUCUUCCAGAGCCUCCAUUUCCUCACGCAGAAUUACUGAAAGAAGCCAGGUUAAAAGUUUUCUCCAAUCUUCAUAAUGGAUUCAGUUCAUCAUUUAAAACCCCAUGUGUUGUCUUCACUGGUCACCCUUCUCUAAGAUAUGGGGACGCUGUACACUUCAUGGAAAUCUGGGGCAAAUCUGGCAACAACACUGUCAUAUUUACUGAACCAGACUUUCCAUACCUUGAAGCCUUAGCUCCCUACCAGCCCCUGGCUAUGAAGACCUGUUACUGCCCCAUUGACCCCCGACUCAACUUUGCACAAGCGAACAAACUUUUGAAAGAGUUGCAGCCUCGUCACCUCGUGAUGCCGGAGUCAUACUCUCGGCCUCCCGUCAUCCACCCCCACCGUACAGAUCUGACAAUUGAAGACCCGGGAUGUAGCUUGACGACCUUUAACCAUCUAGACGUGGCGGCACUCCCUAUAUCCAGAAGCUUUGAGAAAGUUGUCAUCGCAAAUGAGCUGAGCAGCUGUCUGCACCCUCAGCACGUCCGACCUGGAGUUGCUGUUGCCACGCUAACGGGUACCUUGGUAACCAAAGACAACAAGUACACCUUACAGCCUUUGGAGUUCUUAGUGGAGCCGAAGGCUGGAAGCGAGGGUGGUGACUCAUCGACCAACAAGGGGCAGCUGUCGAGGCAUCUCUGGGGUACUGUGCAGCUAGACGAUUUUGUACGAUCGCUGAAGAAGCGAGGUAUAACGGAUGUGAACGUUGAAUCCAGCGGCGGCGAACAUACCAUUCAUUUGCCAAAUGACGACGCAAUGAUCCUUCUGGAUCGCGGAAGCACACACAUUAUCACCCAUGGCAACGAGGAGCUCCGAAUACGUAUACGAGAUGCGCUUUUAGAAUGCGUGCCUCAGUUCUGAAGACACAGGUCAACCAUCUGAAAUGUGCGCUUCAGUUCUAAAAACAUAGGACACCCAUCUUAAAGAUGUGCCUCAACCUUUAAGACACCGGACAUCCACCUGAAAUGAGUGCGGAGUUUUGAAGACAUAGGGCACCCAUCUAAAAAAUGUUCCACCUUCUGAGGACACAGGACACCCAUCUAAAAGAUGUGCCUCCUUGUGAGGACACAGGACACCCAUCUAAAAGAUGUGCCUCCCUCUGAAAACACAGGACACCCAUCUAAAAGAUGUGCCUCCCUCUGAAAACAUAGGACACCCAUCUAAAAGAUGUACCUCCCUCUAAAACACAGGACACCCAUCUAAAAGAUGUUCCUCUCUCUGAAAACGUAGGACACCUAUCUAAAAGAUGUGCCUCAAUCCAAAAGACAGAGGACAUUCACUUGAAAUGAGUGCUUCAGAUUUGAAGUCACAGGACACCCAUCUAAAAGAUGUCCCUCAUUCCAGAAGAUAAAGGACAACCAUCUAAAAUAAGUCCUUCAGUUUUGAAGACAUAUAAGACACCCAUUCUAACAUGUGCCUUAUUUUGGAAGACACAAGAGACCCAUCUUAGAUACACGCCUUAGUUCUGCCAUUUGGCAAUUGCCAUUCGCCCUUUGCGCUGACAACCUCCAUAAAAAUAUAGUGUAUGAUAUGUGUCGUAUGACCUUUUCUGAAAUGUAAGUCGAAAUACAUGAUCCAACGUGACACACUCUUCGAACCUCCUGAGUUAGACCAGCAAACGGCGAUUUGAAGCAUCGGCUCCAAAUACUUUACAAUCGUGCAUCAGGUAUGGUUAGACAUACUUGAAAAAAAAAAAAAAACGGUGCUCAUUGCAGUUUAUUGUUAAAUGGGUUUAUUGAAAGUAGAUGAAACAGAACCAAGGUUAAACAUUUUUUUUACUAAAGACAAUAUGAGACAGGAUGAAUUCAACAUGAAUUAGAACCAAUGUAGGUUAAACACAUUUUACCAAAGAUACUAUAAGAACAAAGAAAGUGUUAAGAAGAGACGGGAAAGGAAGUCAAAAGGUGAAACCUCUUUGCCCAACAAAGUA